CUCCUCCAUCUUCCAUCACCACCACCAACUUCAUUUUCUUGAAGCAGAAAAGCCAUCACAAGCAACGCCUGAGUUCACCAAUGGCUGCCUCAACAAUGGCUCUCUCCUCCCCAUCCUUCGCCGGACAGGCGGUCAAGGUCGCCCCGGAGGUCACCUCCAAUGGCAGGUUCACAAUGAGGAAGACUGUCAAGCCUCCGGUCUCCUCCGGAAGCAUGUGGUAUGGCCCUGACCGUGUCCUCUACUUGGGACCACUCUCCGGCGACCCCCCGAGCUACCUGAAAGGCGAGUACCCAGGCGACUACGGCUGGGACACCGCCGGGCUCUCGGCCGAUCCCGAGACCUUCGCCAAGAACCGUGAGCUUGAGGUGAUCCACAGCAGAUGGGCCAUGCUUGGAGCUCUUGGAUGUGUCUUCCCCGAGCUCUUGUCCCGCAACGGUGUCAAGUUCGGCGAGGCCGUCUGGUUCAAGGCUGGCUCGCAGAUUUUCAGCGAGGGUGGUCUCGACUACCUCGGCAACCCGAGCUUGAUCCAUGCACAGAGCAUCUUGGCCAUCUGGGCUUGCCAGGUUAUAUUGAUGGGAGCUGUUGAGGGCUACCGUAUUGCCGGCGGGCCCCUCGGCGAGGUUGUCGACCCACUCUACCCCGGAGGCAGCUUCGACCCAUUGGGACUGGCUGAUGAUCCAGAGGCCUUUGCUGAGUUGAAGGUUAAGGAGAUCAAGAAUGGCAGGCUUGCCAUGUUCUCCAUGUUCGGGUUCUUUGUUCAGGCCAUCGUCACCGGAAAGGGUCCUUUGGAGAACUUGGCUGACCAUCUUGCCGACCCUGUCAACAACAACGCCUGGGCCUAUGCCACCAACUUCACCCCUGGAAAGUGAAGCUCAUAGCAGAUAAUCAGAGAUGCUUGUGAUGAUGUAAAGUGAGUGUGAGUUGUCGGAAAAAUGGCGUUAAUUUCUUGUGCUUAA